CUAAAACGAAAUUGUGCGGGAGGAAGUAUGUGAAUACACAAUUACACAUCAAGUAGAAUCGUAGAUCAAUUGUUCAUUAAAGAUAACCCUAACCUUCAAUUGCAAUUUACAUCUGUCUCUAACAUUCACCUAUUGCAGUAUUCUACUUGAAUAACUAAUAAAUCACUGAACACACUUUCAACUUCCAAAUUACCUUCCGAAUUUGAGGAGCAGAUCGAAAGAGUGACAGACAGAAAUUAGAGGAAUUUUCGACGAGAACUGAAACUUGGAUCUUCCGAAACUUUGAAGACUUAGUAGUUGCUGCUAAAGUAUGCCAAAGAACUUUCGGAAAAGGAAAGUUGAAGAUGAAGCGACGGAAAAUGUAUCAGAUGAUGAGGAGGAAAGAAGGUUGGCAUUAGAGGAGGUGAAAUUGCUACAAAAGCAGAGGGAGAGGAGAUCUGGAAUUCCUGCUAAUACUACACCGCAAUCAUCAACUGAAGUAGUGAAGUUAGGCGAUAAAGUUGAGGUAGAUGGAGAUAAAGAAGAGUUGGUUUUGCAGGAUACAUUUGCUCAAGAAACUGCUGUCAUGGUUGAAGAUCCCAAUAUGUUAAAGUAUAUUGAGCAAGAGUUGGCCAAGCAAAGGGGCAAAAAUAUUAAUGCGGCAGAUCAUUCAGAGAAUGAAUUGAAACUUGCUGAAGAAGAGUUGUACAAAAUCCCUGAUCAUCUAAAAGUGAAAAAGAGAAACUCAGAAGAAAGUUCUACUCAGUGGACUACUGGUAUUGCAGAAAUUCAGCUUCCUAUAGAAUACAAGCUGAAAAACAUUGAGGAGACUGAAGCAGCCAAAAAGCUUCUACAUGAAAAAAGAUUUAUCGGACAGACCAAGAAAGAUUCGACCAAUUCUUGGAGUCACAAUGCUGAUUAUUUCCAACGUGGAAAAGAUUAUGCUGAAAAACUUAGGAGAGAUCAUCCAGAAUUGUACAAGGAUAGAGGUACAGAGGAUAAUGGACUGGGAUCAAGACCCAGUGACAGUGGUGCAGACCCGUCUGGGAGAAGGCUAGCUGCAACAGAUGAAUUCAUGCUCCAGCGCUUCCGUAAAAGAGAACGACAGCGUGGUAUGAGGAGAUGAGACUGCAUGACAGAAGAAUUGUUGGUUUAUUAGAUCAGCAAAUUUUUGUUGUAACUUGCUCCUUGAUGUUUUUCAUUUGGUCAUUCUUUUUUGAGCUGGAUAUUUGUAAGUUGUAAUGUAGUAUAAUCAUAGGUAUUGGUUAGAUUGUUUGAUUUUACCACCAUUUCAAGUUUCUGAUAUCACCUGAAAUAUUCACUGUUAUUGUUAUUUAAAAAAGUAAUAUUUACAAAAUCCCUCUAAAAUGAAGUCACACCAUACUUGUAAGAAAUGUCUCUUUCGGAAGAAAUGGAAUUGGUUUAAGCUUGAACUUC